AUGAGCCCUUCCUCCAGCAGUGAAGGAGACGGGCUAUUGCGUGCUGUGUGCGUACCUCGGGAACAGAGCCCCAAAGUCGAGGUCAAGUCCAGGCACUCCCUGUAUAUCAUCAGUUAUUCUGAUGUUCCACCUUUUAGAAAAUCGAGAUCAAGGUCCCGGUUGCGGUCUGGCGAGGGAACUGGUGGUUUGGUCGCGGAGACUGCGUCAAAGUGUCGUGAAUUCUGUGUGGCCCUGUAUAUCGAUAUCCCGACUAUUGACUACUACAACGAUGAGAUGCGUGACAACAAAUUAUCCCGUUUCAAUAAGCGAUUCAAAUUACACCUUUUGCGAGAGUCCAUUUUUAAGAGCUUCACAAAUGGGAACGAUGGGUUUUGGAAUCAACUGAUGAAAAAUGUGAACGAUAAGCGAGUUAAGAAGUGUAGAGUGUCAAUCUCAUCUUCUGGUUCUCUGAGGUACGUUGAGACGGUGAAAUUUCUCAUAGAGGCUUGCUACGAUAAGUUGGCAGAGUACGUGGAGUUGAAUCAAUUAGACUUAAAAUUCAAGUUGGAAGUGACUCCGACGUCACACAAGUGGUUUUCAACUUUUUUGAGUAAACAUAUUUUGGACCGUGAGCUUGUGGAGUUUGUGGAUCUCGGAACGAAUUCAAAAAUAUCAGAGUCGACAACUACUCCGUUCAAGGAGUAUUAUGGUCAAUUGAAUGCCAAGUUUGCAGCGGACCGGCAGGAAAAGAAGGAUCCAAAGAAGAUAGAUUCCAUUGUCAUUAUUACGAAUAGCACCGGUGUCAAGGCAUUGCUGACGAUCCUUUCUGAUCGUCCACUGACGAGUUACAUUGUGCAAGAAUCUAUUGAUGCACUCCACGACAAUGGCCUAAGAAAGAAGGAAGGAGGUCUGUCCACUGACAGCGAGGACGACACCGCACUGAAGCGUGAUUCAUCGUCUUUACUGAGUUUUCAGAACUCAUUGCUGACUUCUAAUAAGGAUAAAUCCGUGAGAAUACGAUCGAAUUCUUUGAAUCAAAGGUCCAAUCGAGUGCAUGCUUAUCAAAAUGACGAAUUAAGUGUUUACAAGAAGUCACUCCGGGAUUCCCCCACGCCAAGAUCAAACUUGUCAAAUGAAACAAAGCUAUAUGACAGUUCAGAUAGGGAGGACAUCGACGAAUUGAUGGAAAUUGAUGAUUCGGACGAAGAAGAAGAAGAAGAAGAGAAUGAUGAUGAUGACGAUGAUGGUUUAAGCUUUAGCGUGCCUAGCAAGCUUUCGCGAUCUGGCUCCCCCGAUGCUUUCUCAGUGCAGUCUUCACGCCCCACUAGGUUCAGAUCACUAAGUCUCAUGAACCCAGAAAAGAAGGGGCCGUUCCCUCUUGGCGCCACAGACGACGAAGCUUCAUCAAUUGAUGGAUCAAAGAUUGCUAACAUAUACAUUCACGAUGGCGAAUUUGAAGAAACUGAUUCUGUGGCUUCGAGAAAGAACAAGAGAAAGAUGAACAAGGCUUUAGUCUCUAGACAGAAUUCAAGCAAUGGAUUGAUACCACCCGAGUUUUAUUCGAGAAUAUCUUCUCCCUGUACAAGCGCUAGUAGUUCGAAUUCCUCUUUGCAAAACCUGAACAUGGCUCCAGGUACGUUUUCCAAAUGGCUGGGUCCUGAUAGUUCUGCAACUGCACCACCCACCUCUCAAAAUGAUACCAUUUAUCCAUUGUUUGAAAAGAACCUGAUAACUAAAUCUUUUGAAGAAAGGAGGAAUAAGAGCUCAAUGAACUUGUUCAGCACUUUAAUGGGUGCUACACCUGAUAAAAAUCCGUUAGCGCUAAACUUCAAAUCGAACAGACCUAUACCUCCUGAGGUGCAAGUCAUGGAUGAAGAAGAUCGCCUGAUGUCAGGCUAUCACAAUGGGAACAACAACUACAGUGCCGAGGAGACGUCAGAAGAUGACAACAGAUCCACCAGCACGGUUGUGCCAGAGAAAUUUGGCUUCUCUAGCAGCUCUGACCGUGAUAUUGACAAAGAACACAAGUUCGCUAGCGAGCAGCCGAGAAUGGGCAGCAGUCUCCGAAAUCUCAACUUGAACUUAAAGUUGUACGACGACGACGAUGAUGAUAUCACAGAGGUGAAGCGUGCUCCAGAGCCUGAGGUGAAGGACGGAGGAACAGAGAGCGCAAAACCAAAGUACAAGAAGGCCAUCACACUAGAUUUGUAUGGGGAUGAAGACUUGGACAACGCUGGAGGUUGGAUAUUAGGUGGGAAUGCUAGGUAA